AUGGCAGACACACCUCUUCGCGGGACUGGAGUGCGCUAUGCACCUACGCCGCUCCACCCUACAGCGCGCGGCAAUAUUCGAACGAACUUCAAGAGCUUUCACGAGGUCGCAACCGUGGUCGUUGGCGGACAGCACGCGCCAGACUCAUUAACACGUGGCCAAGGACAAACAACCUACAAAAUCCACAAGGAUCUUCUGACAGCCGAGUCACCUUUCUUCUCAGCUGCCCUCAAUGGUGCCUUUGCCGAAGGCCUUGAUCAAACUGUGCAUCUUCCCGAAGAGAAGCCAGAAAUCUUCGAAUGGUUCUUGUGGUGGCUGUAUACGGGUUCACUUACCACGCCCACAUCCACAAACUGCAGUGUUGAACCGAGACAUCACCGGCUACGCGCCGUGGAUGCCAUGACCGGGUUUCCAGGUCAUGGAAUGCCACAACACGUCACGCAUACGGAUGGAGACCUGCGCAAUUCGGCCGGCUCUCCCAAGUACUUCCUACUGCUCGAUCUGUAUGCUCUGUCGGACAAGCUCAUGACAACUACACUCUGCAAUCACAUUAUCGACACGAUAGCAAGACUGUCAGAGAGCACUAACUCUGUACCCACCCCAUCAGACACAUGGAUUGUUUACGAUACGAUCCGUGACAACGCCCCAAUGCGCAAGCUAAUUCUCGAUCUAUUCGCAUACAAGAAAACAGACAAGUUGCUCGAGAGCCACAAAGACGAAUGGCACCCGCGCUUUCUCCGAGAACUGGUCGUCAAGCUCAAGCGACCUGGUCUCGAAUCAUUGGACAGACACUCAUUGGCACCAUGGCGCCCCAUCAGCUGGCAGAAGACUAAAGCAUGUGAAACUUGUAGGGAAAUACUUACGCCCAACAUCAGCUGCGAGAAAUGCGAGAUUUGCGAACGAGCUUUCUGCUGUGGAUGUGCUGGUGCUGGCAGGACGCCUGGGCUUGGAGGAGAUGUGGGAGCUUGCAAGCCGUGGUUGAAGGGUAUGUGCUCGAGAUACCACGAGCAUGCGCCUGGAGAGGAAGGAAUGCAGAAAUGCUGA